AUGACAAGGAUAUCUCAAGCUUUUGAAGAAGGCAUCAAAAAGAGUGGUGCCCUGGAAAGCAAGAUGAGUGUGAUGCACAGCAUUGAGCUGAGAAUGUGGCUGGGGGUCACAGUUCUGAUUUCUCUUGCUGUGUGCUUGGCUGUGGAGGAAGCAACUGAUGAAGGAAUACCUUGUUCAAAAUACCAGCAAGCUUUCAACCAUUCAUGCUAUGAGUUUGUUAGACUCCAGCAAACCUUCACAAGUGCCCAGAGAUGGUGUGAGAGAGGAGGAGGGCACCUUGUCUUUAUUCAAAAUGAGGACACUCAAGAGUUCUUGCAAAAACAUAUUGCUGAGGACCAGGAAUGGUGGAUAGGACUGAUCUCAAACUCCUUGCUGAAUGAAACUACUGAUGGGUCAAUAACUUGGCUGGACACUUCAAACAUAAGCUACAGUAAAUGGUACAAGGAUCAGCCCUCUCCCUUCUCAUCCACGUGUGGGUACAUCCUGAAGAAUGCCAAGUAUCAGUGGGGUGUGACUGAAAAUUGCAGCCAGGAAUUUUACUUCAUUUGCGAGUUUGAUUCUGGCCAGAGCAUUGCUUGUGAUAAUUACAAUGCCACUGUACAGUGUGGAUCAGGAGAAGUUAUUCAAGUUGAAGAGAGCUUCUAUGGGCGGAAGACCCCUCACUACUGUGUGUCAGAGACUCCUCUCCAGUUUGAAACAGAUGAAGGCUGCAGCUGGAUCAGUGUCAAGGAUGAAGUGGCAGGCCAGUGUCACGGUCUGCAGGCCUGCCAGGUGGCAGCAGAUGGCACUUUCUUUGGAGAUCCUUGUCCAGCUUUGGGAAGCUAUUUGUCUAUUCAAUACCACUGCAAGGAAGGUCUGCAGCUGGUUAUGACAGACACAUGUUUUGUCUUUGAAAAUAUCACGGUCACUUUGAACUGGCUGCUCUCACCAUACUCUGGGAACCUUUCCUGUACCAUUAGCACUGGGGAUGGUUACACUAUUGAUCCUUACUACCCUCUAACCAACCUCACAUACAGGUACUCCUCUGCUGGGGAGUUUACAGUUUUUGUGGAGUGCACCACCAGCGAGUGGCACGUGAUGGCACAGAGGCAGGUGACUGUUCAAGAUCAGGUGGAUCAGCUCAGCAUUUCUGGGUGCUACAGCCAGUAUGAAACAGGGAACAGCUCCCACUGCCGUACCCUGUAUGGGGAGGUGUUGUGGAUCCAAGUUCAGCUCAGUGGAGGCAAUGGAGUAACCUACAGCAUGUUAGCAGAUAACAUGACACUGACUGAAUCCAGUGCAGAGGAAGGUCUUGUCCCUCAUAACCUGACACUCAACAGUGCUUCCCAAAAGCUGAUAGGCCCAGGGAUGCACUGGCUGGAAAUCCGAGCAUCCAGGAACACGACGGCAUCAGAGAUCUCCGGGAGUAUUGCUGUUCAUUUAAUUGAACCAGUAUCUGGGAUUCAGGCUGCAGUAGCUUCCCACACUCUGCAGCUGGGGGAGGAUUUGGAGGUGAAUGUGUCUGUGUCCCAUGGUGCCCCAGAGCAGCUGAUGUUUGAGGUGAUGGGAUCCAACCAAACCCGCUGUCACAGAGCAGACAGCCCUCGUGGGGAGCUGCAGACGUACAGCAUUCCUGCUCUGUCGGAAGGUACUUUCCAAGUGAAAGUGGUGGCCAUGAAUGCCUUCUCAAAUGCGAGUCUGGAUCUUGGAUUCAUCACUGUGUUGGCAAACGGUUCCCAUAAAAAAGAUUCUGCUAAGGAAGAAGGCAUCUACAAAACAAAUAUCCGAAAGAAAAAUGAUCACAGAAUAUAUAUUAAACCGAGUCGCCAUGUGGAUCCUUUCACAACUGUUACACUUGGCUGGCCAGACAACAACAAUAAUUCCAGUUUUCUCUGGACCUGUGGAGCUUGUUGGCCUGCCUGGAAUGAAUGUGUGAAGCAACAGAUAAUCCUAAUCAACCAAAGUGAGGUGCAAAUCCCACCUUCCUGCCUUCCUCCUCCGAAAUCAGCAGUGACUGUCAGGAUUACUGUCCAAAGCCAUGGCAGUGAAGAGAGGCAGGACGAGCAAUGUCUCUAUGUGACUGCAAAACAAGAACUGCAACUGGAAAUCAGGUGUGAGGCAAACUGCAAGCCAGUGAAUGUUAGUGAUGAAGUUGUUUUGAGUGUCUCUGGACAGGAGGACUCCCAUACCAUAUCUUAUAACUGGUAUUUAGAUAACACAUUCAUAAACAAGUCUACAACCCUCCCUCUAGCCUGUGGCCUGACUGGUUUCCAGCAGAACUCUUUGAAUUUGCUUCAAAGCAACACAUCUGUAUUGAGAAUGCCCAGCUCCUUCUUGCAGACACAGGGAGAAGCUUUUCAGAUUAAAGUAAGAGGCAUGACCCAGCGAGGCUACGGCGAGGGCUCGUUCGUGGUGAGCACCGUGCCCCCGCCCGCCCGCCCCGCCUGUGCCGUGAGCCCCGGGCACGGCUCCGUGCUCACCGCCUUCAGAGUCUCCUGCAGCGCCCCCGGCUCGGAGCGCUCGGGCCGGUCCAGUCCUAGCAGGCAGCUCACGUAUUGCUUCUAUGAGACACCCAAUUCUCUCCUGGAUUGUAGCCCGGAUCCUGAACUCUUCCCAGUUUAUCUUCCACUUGGAGAAGAGGAAAAUAAUUUUAUUUUACAUGUGACAAUCAUUGUUAGCAACAACUUUGGUGACAGAGUUCAAACAAAUGCUUCAGUGAAGGUUGGACCUGCAGAUAUGAUGGAUGGGAACCUGACCCUGCAGACUGUGAUAUCUGAGAAGGCAAACACCAUCCUAAAAGAUGGGAACAACAGCAUGAGUCUUUUCCAACUGUACAAGUCAGUAACAUCUGUCCUUAAUCAGCAGAUCCAGGAGGAAAGUUUUAACAUGUCUUUACAGACAAAUACACGAAAAGAGCUCCGAGGGCUGAUGCUGACAACUCUCUCUGUUGUUAACAUAACAUCAAUGCAGACUGCUCUGAAGAUGUCAGAGGUAUUGAAAGAAAUCACUUACAGGAGUGAAGAGCUGUCUGUCUCAGCACAGGUGGAAGCCAGCAACACCCUGAAACAUGUCAGUGCCUCCUUGCUCGCUGUGAACACAGAGCACAGCAGAGAUGGUCAGGAGUUAAAGGAAGCAGCCAACUAUCUGUUCAAUGCAGUGAGCAAUGUUCUUAAAGCUUCUGUAGAAAUCAGAGCUGGGAACACUUCAGUGCCAGAGGCAGAACAGAGUUCAGUGUCACACCAGCUCCUGAGCACAGUUGAAAACCUCCAGAGUGCCCUUUUGUUUGGGAAGGCACCGGGUGAUGAGCCAACAGUCCUCACCUCUCUCUCUGCCACAAUGUACAUGCACAGAUUACAAACAGAAAACAUGGAUGGCACAUCCAUUAACGUCUCCAAUUCCAGCUCUGCCAGUUUUACUCUCCCGCCUGCUUCCUCUCUCAAUGUUCCAGGAGUUGAUGGCGAAACAGUGGAUAUAAGGAUGGUGAGCUUUGCCAUGAAUCCCUUUUUCUCCAGUGACAGCAGUUUUGACAUCAGUGGAACAGUGGGAGGUCUAAGUCUAACUGGUCUGGAUGGUUUGAUCAUACCAGUCAGCAACCUCAAAGAGAACAUUGAGAUUAUGUUACCAAGGCUUUCAGCAACUCAGGAAGAUAAGAUUCUGUUGAAUCUGGGCAAUUAUAGCACUUUUCAAGUCAAUGUUACCUCAGAAAACACAUCUGUAGUGAUCCACCUGGAAUCUGAACAUGACAUCCCACUAAUAUUUUACCUGGGGUAUGGUUAUCACCCAAAUGAAACCAACUAUGAUAUGAAAAAUCAUCUGUUUUAUAAGAAAAAUUCUGGAGCAGCUCUCUACAUUAACCGACCAAUCACAGCACUGUCUUUUCAUUUGCUUUGUAAGUUAUCUAAUACUUUGAAGCCAGAUGUUUCCUCAGGAAUCUUUUCUGGGUUUCAGGUAGGACCAAAAACAAAUCCUAGCAGCACGCAGUGCCUCUGCAACCAUCUGACCUUCUUUGGGAGCUCCUUCUUUGUCAUACCCAAUGCCAUAGAUGUCAGCAAAACAACACAGCUGUUUGGUACAUUUGUGGACAAUCCUGUGGUGGUGACAACUGUAGGAUGCAUCUUUCUGAUAUAUGUGCUUGUUGUUAUUUGGGCUCGAAGGAAAGACAUCCAGGAUGAUGCCAAAGUGAAAAUCACAGUCCUGGAAGACAAUGACCCCUUUGCUCAGUAUCGUUACCUUGUGACAGUUUUCACAGGACACCGCCGUGGUGCAGCCACAACCUCCAAGGUGACCCUCACCCUCUAUGGACUGGAUGGAGAAAGUGAGCCCCACCAUCUAAAUGAUCCUGAUACACCAGUCUUUGAACGUGGAGGAGUGGAUGUUUUCCUCCUCUGUACCUUCUUCCCUCUUGGGGAACUGCAGAGUAUUAGAUUGUGGCAUGAUAAUUCAGGUGACAGUCCAUCCUGGUAUGUGAAUCGAGUAUUAGUCCAUGAUCUGGCAUGGGAUCAGAAAUGGUACUUCCUCUGUAACUCCUGGCUAGCCAUUGAUAUUGGAGAAUGUGUUCUAGAUAAAGUAUUCCCAGUAGCAACUGAACAGGACAUGAAGCAGUUCAGCAAUCUGUUUUUCAUGAAAACCUCCAAGGGUUUCCAGGAUGGGCACAUCUGGUACUCAGUUUUCAGCCGCUCCCCACGAAGCUCCUUCACGCGAGCCCAGCGAGUGUCCUGUUGCUUCUCACUGCUCCUCUGCACCAUGCUGACCAGCAUCAUGUUCUGGGGUGUGCCAAAGGAUCCUGCUGAGCAGAAAAUGGAUUUGGGUAAGAUUGAAUUCACAUGGCAGGAAGUGAUGAUUGGCUUUGAGAGCUCCCUCCUCAUGUUCCCCAUCAACCUGCUCAUUGUGCAGAUCUUCAGGAACAUACGACCUCGGCCAGCCCAGCCGGGCAGAGAGAAGCCGGGAAAGAGUGGCCGAGUGUCCCCAAGCCUGCCUCCCACCCCAGGGGCCACCCAGGCUGCCUCUCUCACUCCAGAGGCUGUGACAAAGGACAUAAGAAGAAUUGCCAACUCACUCUCUAAAGCCCUGAAGACUCCAUCUCUCACCUCAGCACCAGACCUUGAAAAAUCAAUGAAUAUCAACACACUCCUGUCAUUGGUUGAGGACAUCAUCUGUCAGCAGAACAGAGCUGGGCGAGGGUUUUAUGAUGAGAGCAAGAAGGAUGGCCCCAUAAUUGUCACGUUGGGUGCUAUGGAUAUCCAAGAAAAAACAAGAAGUCCAACUCCAGAGAAGAGAGCUUGUGACCAGCUGAAAUACAGUGAUUACCAUCACUGCUUGUACAAGCAACUCCAGCAGGUAGAGAUGGAGCUGGAAUUACUGGGGCCCCAUAAAUUUCAGAUGCCUCAGAGUUACACACAAGCUGUUUGUCAGGUCCAGCACAUGAAGAACCUCCUGGAGAACCAAAUCUGCUCAUCAGCAUCCAUCGCUGAGAGGUGGUCCCAUACUCCAAACCUGCCCAGUGAUGACAAGAAAAGUUCUUCUCCCAGAGGGCUGCCCUGGUGGUUUGUGUUCAUUGCUUGGUUCCUUGUGGCAGCCACCAGCGGUGUGUCUGGGUUCUUUACCAUGCUUUAUGGACUCCAUUAUGGCAAGGAGAACUCCAUCAAGUGGCUCAUAUCCAUGGUCAUCUCCUUCUUGGAAAGUCUUUUCAUCACACAGCCCUUAAAGGUGCUGGGAUUUGCUGCUUUUUUUGCUCUGGUUCUGAAAAACGUGGAACAUGAGGAUGAAGAAAACACAGCUAUUGAUGGGUCUUUAUCUGCACCAGGUAACUGCCUGCAAAGUGAUUCACACACUCUCUUUGGGGUCCGAAGGGACAGUAGAAGCAAUAUUUACCGGCCACCUCCUGCUGCUGAUGUGGAGAAAAUGAAAAUCAGCUGCAUGAAGGAGCAGAAAGCAUUUGCCCUCAUCAGAGAAAUCCUGGCCUAUCUGGGAUUUUUAUGGAUGCUGUUACUGGUUGCCUAUGGGCAGAGAGAUCCCAAUUCCUACUAUUUAAACAAGCAUAUUAAGGACAGCUUUACGGAUGGAUUCCACGAUGUCUACAGUUACCAGGAUUUUUUCACGUGGGCGAACACUACUUUACUCAAAAAUCUUUAUGGAUCAUAUAAAGGAUUCAUUACAGAUGGCAAUUCCAAGCUGGUGGGUAGUGCUCGAAUUCGCCAAGUAAGAGUGAAAGGAGACACCUGCCCUAUUUCUCCCAGACUCCAGCACAUAGUUGAGGAAUGCCAUGCUCCAUAUUCCCUACAAACAGAGGAUACAUCCAUUUAUGGGGAGCACUGGAAUACCUCAGUCUUUGAUAACUCCUCUGACUUGAGCUCAGCAUGGCAGUAUCAGAGUCAGUCCAAACUGAGAGGACACCCCAGCUGGGGUAAACUUGCCAUCUACAGUGGAGGGGGAUAUGUGAUUCACCUGGGAACUGACCCUAUAAAUGCCUCCAGAAUUCUCCAAUACCUUUUCAACAACAUCUGGCUUGACACAUUCACAAGAGCAGUGUUUGUUGAAUUUACAGUCUACAAUGCCAACGUGAACCUUUUCUGCAUUAUAAGUCUGAUGUUUGAAAGCAAUGCUUUAGGGGCCUUCUUCACAAGUGCAGAGCUGCAAAGUGUCCGGCUCUACCCCUACACCAACAGCCUCCACAUCUUUGUGGUUGCAGCAGAAGUCAUUUAUUUCCUCUUUAUUGUGUACUACAUGAUAGUACAGGGAAAGCUGCUGAAGAGUCUGAGAUGGAGAUACUUCCACAGCAAGUGGAAUCUCCUGGAGAUGGCCAUUAUAUUGAUUAGCUGGAGUGCUCUGUCAGUGUUUGUGAAACGGACAGUCCUUGGGACCCGAGACAUCAGCUACUACCAGGAACACAAGGAGGACUCCAUAAGCUUCAGUGAAACAGCAAGAGCUGAUGCCGUUCUUGGCUACCUGAUUGCAUUCCUGGUGCUUCUCUCCACAGUGAAACUGUGGCAUCUGCUGAGGCUUAACCCUAAACUGAACAUGAUCACAUCAACACUAAGGAGGGCAUGGGGUGAUAUCUCUGGAUUCAUCACUGUUAUUGCAAUCAUGUUCCUCGCCUAUUCCAUUGCUGCAAACCUGAUAUUUGGCUGGAAGCUCUACUCUUACAAAACUCUCUUUGAUUCGGCAGAGACCAUGGUCAGUCUUCAGCUGGGAAUCUUCAACUAUGAGGAGGUCUUGGACUACAAUCCAAUUUUAGGCUCCUUCUUAAUUGGAUCCUGCAUAAUUUUUAUGACAUUUGUGGUACUGAAUCUGUUCAUUUCGGUGAUUCUGGUUGCUUUUAGUGAGGAGCAGAAGCAUUACCAGGCUUCAGAAGAAGAGGAGAUUGUUGAUCUAAUGGUAAUGAAACUCUUCAGUUUCUUUGGGAUAAAAUGCAAGAAGGAAGAGCAGCAGGCCACCGGUGAACAACUAGAACAACCUGUCAGCGAGUAA